AAUACAAGGAGGCUUGAGACCAAAGAGCCACCAUUUUGACCCUUCAGAGCAGAGGGCAUUGAGAAUUACUGGAGAACCUGACAGUCAGUGUACACCUCCGAGGAAAGCUGUCACACGCCAGACAUACCCCCAUCCAGUCAUCACGGCCAUGGAGGCCCGUGCACGUCAACGCGCAGAGCGAAGAAAGGAGAUCAAGGAACUCAAGAGGAAGAAGGAUGAGGAAAAGCUGGCUGAGAUGAAAGCUGCUGAGGAGCAGAGACAGAGGGAGGAAGAGGAGGAAAAACGCAAAGCAGCAGAAAAGAGGAAGGAGGAAAAAAGGUUGCAAAGAGAGAGGGAACAGGAAAAACAGAAGCAACUGAAAAGGCAACAGGAUCUCCUGAAACUGGCCCGUCAACACUAUCUCAGAACCUUGUUGCUACACAGGGGCCUGGCACCAUGGAAACGCGUCAUUCAGCUCAGACAAGCCAGCAUACAGUCGCCUUAAAUGAAGAGGAAGAACAUUGCAG